UGUGAAUUUCCAACGCCGAGGUAAACACUUUUAUGAUUAUAUGUUCAUUUCGGAUCGAUUAACACAUUUAAUCUGUUACUUUACACACUUGGAUUUCUGCCGGAAUGUGUUCAACUUGUCCAGUCAGAAAGAUCUGACAACCUGAGGAAUUGGUCACCAUGAAACGUCUAUAUAUCGGUGGCCUGAGCCACACCAUCACUCAAAAGGAUCUGAAAGACAGAUUUGGUAAAUUUGGUGAUGUUCAGGAUGUGGAACUUAGGACCAGGAGCGACGAUGAAGGAGUUCCUUAUAAAACCUUUGGAUAUAUCAAUUUAGAAAUUACUGAUGCUGAUUUUAAGAAAUGUAUGACUGUGUUGAACAAGUCCAAAUGGAAAGGUGGAACGAUACAAAUUGAACAGGCCAGAGAAACCUUCUUACAGAAAUUAGCUCAGGAGCGUCAUGAAGCUGCAGAGAAGAUCCAGUCACCAGGCGUCAACCACAAAGUCAAACUAGUGGAGUCUAUGAAGGAGGCAGGAGUGGAGAACUUCCAUAUGAAGGCAGCCGUUCCUGGGACAGAGAUACCUGGGCACAAGGAUUGGGUUGUGAGUAAAUUUGGACGAGUCCUCCCAGUUCUUAAUCUCAAGUGCCAAGGAAGGAACAAGUUCAUCAAGUAUGAUCCGUCGAAACACAGCCACAACAUCAAGAAACUCGAGAGUUCAUCAUCUGAGGUUCCGGAACCGACGCCCGUGUCCCAACUAACGUGGCAAAUAUCAGGUGGCGACGACGACAUCAGUAAGAAGAGAAGAGGAGAGUUCCCACCACAGAAAACACCAGCUGCUAAAAAGAAGAAAGACUGUCCGAACCUAUUCGUUGCAAAUGGACAGUCUAAUAAUGUGAAAUCCUGUGGUACCUCUGAGAAAGGUUCAACAGGUCAGAAGUGUAACGGAGAAACCAGACUUCCAACUAAACCUAAACAGACACCGGCCUCUAAGAAACUCCAGACACACGCCUCUGUGUGUGUUUUUGACAGUGGCGAUGACUCGGAUGGUGACAUUAGGAUGUCGGCACGGCGGAGUGCACCGGCGAACGGCCCAGUAUUAGAUGAGGACGAAGACAACCUGGAGGUUGUAGGCGAUAACUACAUACCCAGAACAUUCCUUACCCAGCGGAAGACUAAAGAUGUCUGCCAGAUUCCAAGGGGGUCUUCUAGGAAGAACGAGGAGGAUUAUGACUCGGCUGAUACUGAUGAGAUCCUCAACUCCAGGAAAACAUCCAGCGGUACCAAGCGGGAACAACUGCCUGAGGUCAGUAAAACACAGGAGAAAACUGAGGUGAAGAAGCAAACCAACAACCUGGAACCAGACAGAACUAAAGCAAAAAAGGCUAACAAAAUCCUCCCUGAAAAGGCUGUAAAGAAAGUCUUCCCUAUAAUGAAAGUCCCUUCCCCAGAGAGUGAUAGUGAGGAUGAAGAGGGUGAAGAAUCUAACUCUUCAAAAGCCAAAAGGACUUAUAACGUCCUCCCUAAGAAAAAGGCUAUUGAGAAAUCCACAACCCCUUCACAAUCUGAUGAUGAUUCGGAAGAAGAGAGUGAUUCUGACUCUUCAAAAGCCCGAAAGACCGUCAAGAAGGUUGUUUCUAAAAAGAAGACCCCUCCUUCAGAAUUAUCCUCUGACGAUACAUCUGAGGCUAGCGCCGAUUCUGAAUACGAAGCCCUGUUUUCUAACUGUCAGAGGUUAGAGUUUUCACUGGACGAUCUGCAGCAGCUGGUUAGAGAAUCUUUUUUAAAAGGCUUGGACCAGGACAGCGGCGACGACGACGACCCGGGAUCUGAUUCACAACAACCUGGACCAAAUCGGGUGUCUGAGGUGCUAGGAAUAGAACCCCAGGUUACUGCCUCUAAGGCUCCUGUACCGCUGGCUAAGACAGGAAAUGGAAACACACCAGAGGAGAUUCUGGCAGCCAUCUUUGAAGAGGACAACAGCGACGAGGUGAGUGAGAAGAAGAAGAAGAAGAAGAAGGGGAAGAAGAAGACGAACCCGUCAACAUCUCUUCCUGCUUUCCAGGGGACCAAGGCUCUCUUAGCCACAUCGUCACAAAGUGCCAGACAACACAGUCUAAAAAGACAAGUUGAGGAGGACGGUAAAACGGCGACUUCCUCUAAGAAACAGAAACGUGACAGAUUAGUGUCUAAACCCAGUGCCUCAGGUGAUGAUGCCAAGACUGUGGCAGAACCCUCAGAAACUAAAGGCAUAGCUCGUCCUCCUAGCAGCUCGGAUAGUGGAGAGACGACCGAGGCACCAGCCCUCAAACAGAAAACUACUUCUAAAGCCAAGGCAGAGAGAACUGUUGAGCCAACAGCCCUCAAACAGAAAACUACUUCUAAAGCCAAGGCAGAGAAGAAGUCUGUCCCAGAGGCUAGCUCUACAUCCAGCAGCGGUUCCUCCAGUCUGGGGUCAGAGGAAGAUGUACCGAACGCCUCUAGGAGUGUACCCGCUAAAAAGACUCAGAAGGCUGAGGUGUCUAAGAAGCCCCAGAGUGCUGGUGGGGUUAUAGAUGCUCAGCAGCAGGACAACCAGAAACGUCUAGCUGCUCAGGAGCAGAGGCAGAAGGAGGUUGAACUACAGAAGAAACUCAUCCAGGAGGCUCUGGCUAAACUGGAUUCAGCUGCUAAUGGGAAACACCACAUCAAGUUCAGCUCUGAUGAGGAAGAUGAGGAAGAACAGACUUCCCCUAUACCUCCCAACCCUAAGAAGACACUGUUCCAGGACAGCCAGUCGGAUGAGGAAGACUCUAGCGAUGAAGUAUCACCAGCUAGAGGAAAACCGGGCCUUAAAGACAAGGCAUCUGAGAAGCUGGCGGGCGGCAACCUGUUUGACGAUGAUGAUGAUGAGGAGGAGAAGAAGAGGGAUGGGGACAGGUUCCAGAUUAAACCUCAGUUUGAAGGAAAAGCUGGAGCGAAGCUCAUGCAACUGCAGUCGAGGUUUGGAACAGAUGAGCGUUUCCAGAUGGACCACAGGUUUAUUGACAGUGAUGAAGAUGAAGAUGAACCAGAGGAAGAGUUGUCUCAGCCGGAGAGAGAGUGUGAGCUGGAAGAGGAGAAGAAGAAAAGUCUAGACAUCUUAAAUAAUCUCCUCAACAUCAACGUACGACCCUCUGACCCUAAUAAACCUACAGCCAAGGGCAAGACGUUCAGAGAUAUCUCAGCGUUGCAGUAUGACCCGACCAAAGAGGAGCACGCUGCUUUUGAAACCAAGAAUGUCGAGCCCAAGAAAGACAGUAAACUGGCUAGGAAGAAGAAGCGGGAGGAGGCUGAGAAGCUGCCCGAGGUCUCAAGGGCCAUGUAUUACGACGUCUCCAUGGAUCUGAAGGAGGUGUUUGGAACCUCCAAGGAGGAGCAAACGGAGGAGGAGGAGGAGAAGAAUGUGGCCUGGGAUAAAGAAGAGGAAGAGACCAGUCAGGCGACGGCAGUUGAUCCAGUAAUGGUGUCAUCUCACCUGUCAACCAAUGAGGGAGAGGCAUCGUCAGGCUUCAAGUUCUCAUUCUUUGGGGGUGACACGGCAGCCGAAACAAACACUGAAAAAGAGGAGUACCAUAUCGAGACGCUCAAGGGGGCCAAGGUGUCAUGGCAGGUGGACCCUCGUUUCCAGGACAGCAGUGAUGAAGAGGAGCAGGAGGAGGAAGAGGAGGAACAGAUUGACACCACUACACCCACAGAAGAGCCGCUGGCGUCAAAGAAAGCUUUCUUCUUUUUCCAGCUCGACGAUAAACGGUUAAAAGAGGGGCCUAAAGCGUUCUGCAGGUCAUCCAAGCUGGAGGACCAAAGAGAGGAGUGGGAGGAGAAGAGGACAGGGCUCAAAGAGGAGUACCGUAAGAAACACAAGGACGCGAGAAGGAAGCUGAAAACCUCCCAAAGAAACUGACACACAAGAAUCCACAAGACAUUGAGAGGACAUUUUGUUUGACGCCGUCUUACCCGACUGAGAUAUGCCUAACAACCAUGGUAGUCAAGACUUCUCUUCAGACCAUUUCAAAUAAUGUUUUGACUUUAGAGAUGUUACUUUUUUAUUAAUGUUAAAUUCUAAGCUCCAACUGCAAUCCUGUUACCAGCAAAGUUUGUUUAUCAAAAAGAAACAUGGCCGUUUACCAAUAAAACCUCCUUCAUUUUCAACCACCAGGGGACAGGACUGUGUUGUUUUUAACUCAGACGGGGUUGUUGACUUCCUUGAGGUGGUGAGGGAGACUGAAGUUGUCCCUAGAUGUUGGUCUCGGGUCAUUUUUUUUUGUUGCAUUUUCCCCCACUCUAAUUGUUAACGUUAGGAUUGGGGAAGGGGAAGCUGAUCUGUACCUAGGGGAAACUUCACUCCCUGGAGUGAGGGUGACUGCUGUCCACAUCUAGAUCCAACUCCAUUUAAAACACAUAAUGAUGUGAAUCUGAUCUGUACUACAGAAUUGCAUGGUUGUAAUUUGAUAUAUGUCUCUUUUCUAUGGAGAAUUAAAAACCCAGAAUAUCUUUCAA